ACACAAAAUGAUGAUCCUUAUACUUAUCUCGAUAUUAGGCAUAGCCGGGGCUCAGAACCUCUUCUGCUCAGAAGAAUUCUGUACUAAAUAUGUGGCAGAAGUGGGUUGCCCGGGUCUUCCAGAUGGAUGCCAUAUACAGAACAAAACGCACAACGGUCUCAAAUUGCCUUUUCCUGGUCCGUGCGAUUGCUGCAAAUAUUGCCUUGAAAAUAUACUAGAAGAUGAAAGUUGUUCAGUAGGAACUCAAACCAGUAUUGUUCCAAGUACCAUUUGCGGUCCUGGUUUAUACUGCAAGACAAAUGUGUAUGAUGAAUAUAAAUGCUUAGAAAUGAAAUCUGAAUGCGCCAACAAACAAGCUGACUACGAUUAUCGAAGAAGAGUUGGUGAAUUAGGACAUAUGGAAUUGAGACCAAACUGUGAUCCCGAUGGACUAUUUAAGCCCUACGUGUGUAUUCCUGGGGAAAUUUGCUACUGCGUUAACGAAAAAAAUGAUCGCAUUUUUGGAGAAAUUCCAUUCACGUCUUUAGCAAGUUACAAGAUGCAUUGUCAUUGCUCCAGAGCACACGACACUAUUUCUCGCUAUAUGGGACAGUCCCUUCUUCGGCACGAACAUAUGAGGUGUAAAUCGGAUGGAAGUUACGAUCCAAUACAAUGCAUAGGGAAGCAGUGUUUGUGCGUGGAUUCGGAUGACGGAAAGCCCACCUUUCCGAAACUUUCAUUAGUAAAUAUGACGCGAAUUUCCCAAAAAACUCUACCUUGCUUCGAAAAUGAUACGCACAUAGAAAACUACUAUUAUAGAGUAUGUGAGGAAGUGCUGAUGAGAAAGGUGGAUGAUAUUAUUGAAUUGAAAUUGAUGGGUCAUGAUAUUGUAGGAGUUGUCUAUCCAAAAUGCCAAUUGGAUGGAUACUAUGCACCAGUUCAAAGCGAUGGUAAAAAGCAGUAUUGCGUAACUCCUGAAGGCAUCACUAUGGAGGAUUAUGUAAUUGAUCUGGUGACGGAUGAGAAAUUAGCAAAGACCAUGAACUGCAAUUGUGCUCGCGCUCUAUCGAUCAUACAAGGAAAUGAAAAACCAGAGUGUCUGAAAAAUGGAAACUAUAAUAAAAUACAAUGCAGACGUGGACUAUGUAGGUGCGUUGAUCCGAAUGGAAACCAAAUAGGAAAAGAAGUAGAUUUGAACAAAAAAGAUCAAUUAAAAUGUGUGUAAAUAAUUAUUGUGUGCAAGUAUAAUAAAAAAUAU